AUGGUUACGAUGACCAGGAGGAAAUCGAGCAGCACGAAGCGCCUCUCUCCCGCCCCCAGCACCCAAACCUCCUACUACAGCGAGUCCGUGAUGAGCGAGUCCUACCUGGGGGGCAGCCGGGGCCUGGCCGCCCUGGGCAGCUCCAUGCUGGAUGAUCCUCUGGACAGCGGCACCUACUGGGGUGGAGAGCUCUCCACCAGGAGGAGAAGAGGGACGGGGGACACCGAGUCCAGUAAGAUUAAUGGGCUGCUGGAGAGCAAGACGUACGACACCUACGCCUCCUCAUCUGGGUACUCCUCAGAAGACGACUAUGGCGGUCACUUUUACUCAGGCCAGAGUAGCUCCAGGUCGGGGCUGAGGAGCGCAGCCUCCCGGGUGGGCUCCUUCCUCUGGCAGGUGCUCACCUCCCCGGUUCAGUUCAUGGGAUGGCUGUUCUCGGGGCUGGCAGCUGCCUGGAACCGCCUCACCGGCACGGCUCCCCGCCUGAGCAGAGUUCCCCUCUCCAGGCGCUACCCAUGGGUGAAGAGGUCCCUGCUUCUGCUGCUGCUCCUCCUGCUCCUCACUGCUGCCGCCUACGGAGCUUGGUACUUCUACCCGUAUGGGCUGUCGACACUCAGCCUCCCUGCCUUCCCGUGGUGGGGAGCUGGAAAGCUUUCCUCCUCUGACGUGCCUGCAGCAGGGGACCUGACCGCCCUGGACCAGGGGGAGCACCGGCUCCUGGCUCGCUUCCAGGCCCUGGAGAAGCGCUUCAAGGCGCUGGAGGCCGAGGUGUCACAGUGGGAGCUGCGGCGGGGGGCGGCAGCGGUGUCAGCAGGGGGGGAGCCACCCCCGGGGGACGUCCUGGCACUGCUGGAGCAGCUGGUGAGCCGCCGGGACACAGGGCUGAGGGAGCAUCUCCUCACCGACGUGACCAGCCACCUCCAGGGUGAGCUGGAUGCCCUGCGAGCCCAAGUGCAGAGGGAUUUAGACGGGCGCCUGGGGAAGAUGGCACAAGCUUCUCAGGAUGCAGUAGAAGAGGUCAUGGCUACAAGAAUCAAAACUAUUUGGGGCUGGAAAAGCUCGGUGCAGGAGGGCCUGCGAGGCAGCUUCCAGCAGGAGGUGGACAAGCUGGAGCAGGAGGUGGCAGCGCUGAGGAGGGAGCUGGCGGGCCUCAAGUCGGACCAGGAGGUGAUGGGGAAGCAUGUGGAAGGGAUGCUGGAGCAGCUGAAGGCGGUGCGGGCUGAUGUGGAAGCGCAGUUCCCGGCAUGGGUCAGUCGGUUCCUGUCGCAGUCCCAGCGAGACGGCGCCACUGGCCUUGUCCUCCAGCAGGAAGACUUGCAAGCGGAGCUCCAGGCCCUGGAGCACAAGAUUCUGGCCAAAGUCUUGGAGGACCAGAGGCUGUUGGCACGGGAUACUCGGGCCGGUAUUGGAGUGGCCCUGCAGCAAGGGGGGACCAUGGGGGUGACGGAGGAGCAAGUGCACCUCAUCGUGGGCCAGGCCCUGAAGCGCUACAGCGAGGACCGCGUGGGGAUGGUUGACUACGCCUUGGAGUCAGCAGGGGCCAGCGUCAUCAACACCCGCUGCUCUGAGACCUACAGGACAUGGAAGGCACUGAGUUUGUUCGGCAUCCCCCUGUGGUACCACUCGCAGUCCCCCCGUGUCAUCCUGCAGCCAGACGUCAACCCUGGGAACUGCUGGGCGUUUCGUGGGUCCCUGGGCUUUGCCAUCAUCCGCCUGUCCACCAUCAUCUGCCCCACGGCUGUGACGCUGGAGCACAUCCCGAAAGCCCUCUCGCCCCAGGGCACUAUCCCCAGCGCCCCCAAGGACUUCGCUGUCUAUGGCUUGAAGGAGGAGAGAGAGGAGGAGGGUGUUCUCCUGGGGCAGUUCACGUACAACCAUGACGGUGACCCCAUCCAGACCUUCUACUUGGAGGGUGAUGCUAUGGGCACAUACCAGCUGGUGGAGCUCCGGAUACUGAGCAAUUGGGGCCACCCUGAAUACACCUGCAUCUACCGCUUCCGCGUGCACGGGGAGCCGGCGCACUGA